AUGGAGAGCGCCCGGCCCAUCCUCUGCCUCCAGCUGUGGCUGUGGGUGCAGAGCUCUGCCCAGGAGCUGGACCCUGAGGGCAGGAACGUCUGCAGGUUCCCGGCCGGCCCGGCGUGCUGUCCCGGCUGGAGGCAGGACGGGAGGGCGUGCACGGUCGCCGUGUGCGAGGGAGAGGACGCCUGCAGGGAGGGCGAGGUGUGCCUGAAACCCGGGCUGUGCCGCUGCAAACCCGGCUUCUUCGGAGCAGACUGCAGCUCCCGCUGCCCCGAGCAGUACUGGGGCCACGACUGCAAGCGGAGCUGCCCGUGCCACCCCAACGGGCGCUGCGACCCCGUGAGCGGCCACUGCUCCUGCGACCCCAACCACUGGGGAGGGCUCUGCCAGUUCCCCUGCCAGUGCGGCCCCCACGGCCGCUGCGACCCCCUGACCGGCGCCUGCCACUGCGAGCCGGGCUGGUGGGCACCCAACUGCAGGAAGCAAUGCCAGUGCAACCCCUCCACCUCGCACUGCGACCCCCUGACCGGGCUGUGCCGCUGCCUGCCGGGCUGGUGGGGCAGGAGGUGCAGCUUCAAGUGCUCCUGCAACGUGUCGCCCUGCGCGCAGGAGACGGGCAAGUGCGAGUGCCUGCCCGGCUUUUGGGGACCGGCGUGCCAGCGGCGCUGCGACUGCGGGCACGGCUCCUGCAGUCCUGCCAGCGGCCACUGCACCUGCGAGCCCGGCUACCAGGGCAGGAGCUGCCGGGAGCCCUGUCCGGCAGGGAAAUACGGAUCUCAGUGCGUGCACAGCUGUGGGAGCUGCAAGCGCAGCCAGCCCUGCUCACCCGUGGAUGGUUUCUGCCUGGCCUGCCAGCCCGGCUGGAACGGGACCCUCUGCAAGGAUCCCUGUGCUCCUGGAUUCCACGGGGAUGGCUGCCUCCAGCCGUGUCCCCGCUGCCAGCACGGGGAGCCCUGUGACCCCCAGACCGGGUCCUGCCUGCGCUGUGACCCCGGCUGGAUGGGACCCAGCUGCAACAACUCCUGCCCCGUGGGCACCUUUGGCGAUGGCUGCCAGUUCCUCUGCCCUGAGUGUGUUUCGGGGAGCUGUGACCCCGUGACAGGAGUUUGUAUCUGCCAGGCAGGCUACUGGGGAGACAGCUGCAACGACACCUGUCCUGAGGGGUAUUUUGGAGUGAAUUGUUCCUCACCCUGCCAGUGCUCCCGGGGAACCUGCGACCCCGUGCAGGGUGACUGUGUGCUGAGUUUGAAGGACCAUGGAACCCUUGCAGCUGCCAUCCUUGUCCCUCUCCUGCUGCUGCUGCUCUGUGUUGCCUGCUGCUGCUGUGGUGCUGGCUCAGCAGAUGCCAGAGACAGGGCGGCUGUGCCAGACGAUGAUGUGGUGGCCAGGAUGAAGCACCAUGUGCAGGGGGUGUUGGCCAACCUCAGUGCUCUCAUGCCCUGCUUUAACCUGGGGACCUCGAAACUUCCCAAAGUCACAGUUUCCCAUCACGACAUGGAAAUCCCCUACAACCCCAGUUUUAUCGAGCCACCAUCGUCUGCGUGGGUUUCAGACAGCUCCUUCUCCUCCUUUGACACCGACAACGAGGGACCGGAGUACUCCGUCCCUCCCAGAGAAGGCAUCCCGCUGCUGGGCGGGGCUGAGCUGCAGGACGGAGCAUCCCCUCCCGGCCAGGCGCUCCCGGAUCCCUCCGCCUUCGACUCCGAGGAUGUCUCGCAGCCCUUCGCCAUCCCCCGCACCUCCAGCAUCGCCAAGGCCAAGCGACCCUCUGUGUCCUUCGCCGAGGGGACAAAAUUCGGGGCGGCCGAGACGCCCAGCCCCAGCAGGAAGCCCAAGGCCCCGUGGGGCCCAUCCAGGCUGACCCCACCGCCGGGGGAUGCGGCGGCCGAGCCCCCCGGCGAGCGCCCCGCCAGCGACUGCUACGAGAACCCCGAGCCCCUCAGCAAGGGGGACGAAAGCCACCGGCCAUCGCCACGGGCCACGCCGGGGGGACGCCGCAGGAUGGUGUCCAGCACCAGGCAUGUGGCCCAGAGAGUGGAGGCGCUGGAAGCAGCUGCGAAAUCCGGCAGCUGGGAAGCCAAGGGGAAGGAAGCCAAUGUCACCACCAUCUACAUGAUGGUGGGAACGGCCGGGCAGGACCCCAGGGCGGAGGGGACUGGCGAGGGACGGGUCCAGGCUGUGCUGAAGCGUCUGGGCAGCUUGCAGAGGGGCAAGUGGGCUGCGAAGGAGGAGCCCAAGGUGAGGAGGAGCAUGGAGGCCAUCCAGAAACCUCCUCGCCGGGCUCUGGCGCAGCGCAGGGACUCGGAGAACAGCUGCAAGCAGAGGGAGAGCGUGCCGGGGGCUCCUGCCGAGUCAGCCCCUGGCAAGCAGCAGCAUCCCGCUGCCAAGAGACUGUCCCUCCUCCUGGCAUCUCUCUCGUCGAAAAACACCGGUGCCCAGGACGGGGCCAGCGAAACCCUAGGUGCCACAGAGAAGGGCAAAAGCCCGGAGUUAGUCGGCAGCCUCGAAAGGAAGGGUCAGGCUGCCGCGGAGGAAGAGCCGAAAUACGAGAACGUGGCCGGCAGCGGUGCUGAUUCGCCCUCCGGCCCCGGCAAGGAGCUGCCGGCCGCCCCUGCGGCCACCUGA